AUGGCGGUGAGGCGUCUCGCUCGAGCUGCCACCGUCUUGGAGACGGCGGAGGACUCGGGCAAUGCGACAAAGGUGCAGGAGGCCAAGGAGGAGGUCCAGGAGGCGAAGAAGGAGGUUCAGGAGGCGAAGAAGGAGGUUCAGGAGGCGAAGAAGGAGGUUCAGGAGGCGGAGAGGAAGGUCCAGGAGGCGGAGAGGAAGGUCCAGGAAGCGAAGAAGGAGGUGCAGGAGGCGGAGGUCAAGGAGGCGAAGGCAAGCGGCCGGACGAAGGAGUCCGAGGCACGGAGCAGUUGGUGCGAGAAGUUGCUCGCGAAGAAGUUGAAGUUUGGAGCAGCCGACCAACUGCUUGCAACAGUUGGGGCCACAUGGGACUAUUGUGGGAAGGAGGUGCUCCGUGAAAGCAUGCAGAUCCCCAUCCAGAAGCUGCACGAGCAAAAGGGGAAGAACAGUGACAAACAGCUUCAUCCUUUGUUCAUCGCAUUUGCAGGCCCAGGGCAAGGCAAGUCCCGGUUGCUGACAGAGUUCCCGGGCCUGGUCGAGCAGUGCUUGCAGAAUGUGUCUGAAAGGCAGAAACUGAAAUUCAGCAAGCAAACGAGGAGCUUCAUGAUCAGCUGCGAGAACGGCCUCUCUCCCGGGGACUGGGCCACGGAGGAGCUCAAUGCCCGACGCUUUGUGGCAUGCCGCAUGCUGUGGCAGCUGGGGAAUGCAAACAAGGAGGCUUUUCGGGAGGUCGGCGCUCCAGAGACUUUUGCAAAAUUCCGCGUCGAAUGCUCCGAUAGCCUUGUUGCAGAGGAUGUCUUUGCAGCUGUGCUGUGUGAUGAGCUCAAUCAUAGCACGGUGGUGAUCGGAGUCGACGGGAUGCAAGGUCUGCCUGGAUUUACCGAGCGCAGUGAUGCUGCGGGCAAGGACCUGCCAUUCUAUCAGGUGAUGCAGGAGGUCUGCCGCCUCAUCAACCAAAUGGAAGGUCCCUUUGUCGUAGCUUGUGUGGCCGCUUUGCAAAAUGUGAAGAGUGGACUUGCUGGCAGUCCCCAGGCCCGAGUUUUUCUGGAGCUGCCACGCGUGACCGCCGUAACCCGCAACAAACAGCCGGUGCUGCCCGGCCACCGCCUAAAAGACCUCCUGGUCGAAGACAUGGGCGGGCAUGGCAGAGCUUUGGAGUGCCUUCUAGAGGCCUUGAUGGAGAUGCCCAACGCUGCAGCAACUGCCUUGGUGGGUGCAGUUAUGAGACAAUUGAGGCAGAAGUAUCCUGACGCCACUCAGAUUGAGCCGGGUGCAGACCUCAAGGAACUGCUUCGCGCAGCUCUGUCAGGCAGAUGGAUUUUGUCUGGCGAAAUGGUCGGCAAUCUAGAUCCUGAGAAGGUGGAGCUUAUCCGCGUCAAGUUCAAGGACGGCGACUCCUCGCAGUACCGCAUCGACUUGCCCUACAUUUGGUUGUACUUGAUGCUGAGUUUGUCUAAGUUCUCUGACGAUUUGCAACCGUGGAACUUGAUGGACUACCGCUUGUUUGAGUCAGAACCAACCUGGCAACAGUGGGAAGAAUUCAAUGCCAGGUUUCGAGUGUUGCGAGCUUCUGCGUUUGAGGAUGGACAACUAGUUGACAUUGCCGAUCUACACAGGGGUGCAGUGAUCCAGCCUGACAGCUUGAAAAGCACCAAGGUCAUCAACCGGCAUCUGCAAUUUGCCAAAUCCAGGAAGCAAUUGUUGUUGAGGUCCUCAUGCUGCGGCAAUCCCAAAGCUCGGACAAAUUUACUUAAGGGACUGGGAAUGCACCAGUGCGUAGUUGAAAUGACAAACCAAAACCUUACAGUGACGUUGACUGACAAACGUGUUUUGGUCGUGAAUGCUGCCGGAGCUCCAGCUGCUGAUGCCUUUCUCAUGUUGGAAGAGGUGAGGGCAGAGGGCAACAAUCACACGAUCUCUGAAUGUUUGCAAUGCAAGAAGGGCAAUUCUCCAUUCAUAGUGGAGAACGAGCGUGACAAAGCAUGCGACACAGCUGACAUCCUGGUGCUUUUGCUGACAAGGACAGAGACUGUGCCACAAACCGGCGGACAGCGCUUGAUCUUCGUAUCUGAAGCGCAGUACCAGGAGUACUUUGGCUUCUACGCUGGUAGAGCCUUCUAUCAAACCAGGGCGGCCAAACCUUGA